ACUUGGCAAUAUAGAAAAAAAAUAGAAUGUGGACAUUGUGGACGCUAUCUUUAAUGUGCACUCAUAUUCUUUGAAUCGAACGGAAUAUACAUCCAUCCAUAUACCGCGUAAUUUAGGUAAGACUGUGCCGCGUUGUACGUGUAUAAUUAAUUGCAGCAAAAUUAACAAGUGAUAAACCUUUUUGAAUAUCUUUUAAAAUGGAUUCUGAAGCUGUGACGAAAUUAAGUGAAACCGAAAAUACCGAAUUGGUUAAGGACUCGAAAGAAAGUGUCCCACCUGAAGCAACUGACACAACCAAGGAUCAGAAAAGCGUCGAUAAAAAUGUCAAUGAGGAAGUGGCCAGUGUAGAUGAUGGCAAUGAGAGUCGUCAUACAGAGAUCAAAACAACAACUACAAUCGUUACGACUAAAAAGGAUAAUGGCGAUGAAGGUCCCCUUACAGAGACUCAAACAACAACCACGGUCGUUGUCACGAAAAAGGAUAGCGGAGAGGAGACUUCGCAGAAGGAAACUGAAACGACAUCAUCAACAGUUGUUAUAGCUAAAAAAGCUGAGGACGGAUUGGCUCCAAUUAAAGAUAAUGUAUCUAAUGUUGAUAACAGCCAGAUAAAAGCCGAAACUAAAGAAUCGCAGCUAGUUAAGCCCGAACUGAUAUCGGACCCGGUUACAGAAACCGCUGAAACUAUUAACAAAAGUGGCUCGCAAUCAAGUAUUCCGGAUACAUCUACGGAUGCCGCAGAACAAAAUGUUAGUGCUUCCGAAAGGAAAGAGGAAGAGGAAUCCGAAGAGGGUGACAGUACGUCUGAUGAUGAAGACUUGGGAGAAGAGACAGAGGCCAAGAUUGAAAAAAAUAAAGAUGACCGAGAUGAGUCCCAGUCAGAAGUUGUUGCCGUACAUGUGAAAAAAGCCCAAGACUCGACUGAAAAAAUAAACAACGCGAAUAAGGAUAUUAAUAAUCAAAUAGAGAACAUUAUAUCUGAUAUUGAUAUAAAUAUAAAAGCACAGGAAAAAAUAACGCAGCUCAAGGAACAAGAGCUGCAACUUAUCCAGAAACAAAAGGAGCUGGCCAGCCAGAUUCAACAGCAACAAUUAUUAGCUCAAAAGUUGUUUGCGCAAAAUCAAUUAAAGGAACAGGAACUUAAGGCGCAACAGUAUCAGCAAAAUCAAUUGAAGGAGCAAGAGCUGAGGGCGCAACAGUAUCAGAAAAAUCAAUUGAAGGAGCAGGAGCUGAGGGCACAACAGUAUCGGCAAAAUCAAUUGAAGGAACAAGAGUUGAGGGCGCAACAGUAUGAGCAACAGAAUCAGUUCCAUAGCCCCAACGAGUACAAGGAAGAGAUAGCUCCAAAAGUGGCACAGGAUUACACAAGGGUUCACAGCCAGCAAGAAGAUUCAUACGACAAAAAGGAAUCAUCCAACUUGUCGAGGACUGUAGAUUUGCGCAAAAUAUUUACACCAGCUACAGAUGCUCCCGAAAUAUUGCCAAAGAACCGAAAGCUAUAUGCUUCAUCAGCAUUUUAUUCCCCAUCACUGCAUCCAACCGUGGAGGACCAGGUUGAGCUUGCUCGCCGAAUAUCGCAUUCAUUGAGUGACAUAAGCAAUCAAACCUCUAAGGGUCAAUCAAUGUAUGUGAAUCGGAAAAAACGAUCAGUAAAAUGGGUUCACGAAGGUUCUGGCCAAGAAAUAGAAGAAGAUGAUAUUAUUGAAACACGCUCAUUAAGUAAAGAAAAUACGGAAGAGAUUUUGAAGCCGGAUUUAAAUAAGCUGGAAAAAAUGCCUUUAAAGUUAGUCAUGAAUCCACGAGGACAAAUGCGCGAUUAUAACUCACUGAAAGAAUCUAUAAAUGUUGAAUCAGGCCUUUUAUCACCUGACAAUUGCGCUGAGCUAAUAACUGCGCUGCAACUGCAUAAAGGCCGAGGAGCUGAGCUCUUUGCAAAACGUCGUAGAAAGGCUGAAAAUUGGGUAGUCGACGAGACAAAUGCCGGCAUUCACAGUCCAUCUGGUAUUCCAGAUUACCAACAAUAUCAGGCAAGGCCGGCGACCUCGCCGAGCAUUUUGCCAGCAUAUUCGGAUGCUGGAAAGCAUCGGGUUCAAUUAAAUCUUCACCAGGAUCAGCUCAUUGAGAAAUACUCAAAGCCAGGUGUCCAGGUAGUUAAAUCACCCUGGGAAGCUGCCCUCCAGACUGGCUCGGCAAGCGCAGCAUUUUUGGAGGACUCCAGAUAUCAAAACCAAACACCGAUUACCUCUCAAGCGUCACCUGUGCAUUUCAAUCAAGACGUUACCGAUUUUCAAAGUUCAAUCUCAGAGUUGCCAUCACGUCAGCCUGCCCCUUAUUGUGCCUCAUCGAACAACGUACAGGAUCCGUAUAAAAAUCUACACAACACUCGUGUCCAAAGCCAAGCCAACCAACCUCCGAGCAAUCCACAAAGAGAACUGGCAUACAAGCCAAGCGUGGCACAAGGCUGGGGAGGUCGCAAUGUUGAGCUACCAAGAGAGUAUUAUUGGCAAAGCUACCAGCAACAAUGUGAAACACAGAAUACUGAUGAUAUGAGUGAAUAUUAUUACUCGAAUGAACAUGUUCUCGUAGAUCCCAAGGCCUAUGGAGCUAAUAUAACUAAUAAUUCAAACAACUAUUUUACCGAUGACAUUGAACAUAGGCUACUGCAGUUAGAACAAUUUCAGAAAUGCUUUAUGCAACAGCAAAGGCUGGGUCUGAACAUAGGAAUCAAACAUGGCAUGCCUGAGGCAUCUGGUCAACGAAAUGAAACUACAGACAUGUACAGAAAAAAUAAGGAAUCUGAGAUAGCUCCCGAUAAUACGAAUUUAUCAAAAUGCAAAGAAGAUAUAACAAAGAAUAUCGCUGAAGUAACUGAUCCAGUUAAUGUACGUGAAUUAAUUUUCUCAUUUGAGCAACAGUCCUUACGAGAACACGAAGGACUUCAGAAAAACCGAUGCGAAUUUACAACUGACAUAAGGCGUUCGAUUGACGAUAAUUCAAAAUCACAAAGUUUAUAUGUGCCCAAGGAAAUCUCACUGGCGAGUUACGCACCUCCGCCGGUACAGCAACAUACAUCUAACUUUCAAACCCCAACAAAGGCCGACUUUUCAAAAGGAUAUUUGACAUCUCAUGUUGGUGAUGCACCAAGUGGUUUUCCCAUUUCGAAUCCCACAACCGGAUUAUAUUCAUCAGUGCCGCCCAAGCAACAACUCUAUGCUCCGGCGAGUUACCAAAAGGUGCCCCCAAGCUCCGUCCAGGCGGCACCACAGGUCAACUUUAAUCCCUCGCCGUUGUCAUUUGAUAAGUUAUCCAAAUUUCAAGAAUCAAACCAGAGAAAUUCUGGUGUAUCGACUCAGCGAUAUCUUAAUGCAAACAAACAGCCAGCAUAUACAAACGUGAGGAAUGCAUCCCCCACUCCGUUCACGCCUGGAGGUAUCGGAGAUCGUGCAGGUUUCGAUAAUAUCCAACGAUCAACUUUUUCAUCGACCCCAUCAAAUUAUGGACAGAAUGCAUAUAGCCCGGAAUCUCAUCAAUUGCGUGCCCCUGGUCAAUGCUUCAACAACAGCGCUCGUGGCUGGAGCCAAGCCUCUAAUUCUCAACGAAAUUUCCUCUCUUCAAAGGUCCCGCUAGCGACAGAAGGUCUGCCUUACUCAGACUUCUGAAAUUGAUCAGAUAUAAUAUAUUAUAGUUCAUAAUCUGUAAUCCGAUUACGAUUUACGACAUGCUUCUAUUCAACGCAUACAUACAUAUACAUAUGUGUAUACAUAUAUCUAUAUAAAUAUUCAUACACAUAUACAU